CUUUCUAAUCCGGCGACUUAAAUUUCACACCGCGGGAUUAGCAUACCACGUCCUAUCUUCUUCUUUCCUGACCCAUCCCGCACUGAAGCUGCCAUGGAUUAUCUGAGGCUCUUUUACUUAUUUUUCGUGAUCCUGUCCUUCGCUUUCCAUGGACGUUGCAAGGUAUCAGAGCAUGUCAGGAAUCGAAGGGCUCCGUCCCCAGCUCUGCCCAAAGUGAAUACAACUGAGCGUCUGAGACAGCUGCGAGAGAAGAUGAGAGCUGAGGGCGUACAGGCAUACAUUAUCCCCUCUGUUGACCAGCACAUGAGUGAAUAUGUUGCAGAUCACUUCCAACGACGUCCAUACAUAUCUGGGUUCACGGGCUCCGCCGGUGAUGCAGUGGUAAUAAUGGACAAAGCUGGAAUGUGGACUGAUGGUCGGUAUUUCAAUCAAGCUGGUAUGCAGAUGGACGAUAAUUGGACCUUAAUGAAAGACGGUAUGCCAGGCACACCGUCGCAAGCAGAAUGGCUCGCAAAGGAACUCAAAGCCAAUGAUAAAGUUGGAGUUGACGCCAAUCUUUUCUCCAUUGAUAGGUUUGAGACCAUGCACAAGGAGCUUGCAAAGUCCAAUAUAACAUUGACGGCUGUUACUGAGAAUCUUGUGGACGAAAUAUGGACAGAAGGCAGACCACCUCUGAGCAACGCUACAAUAUUUGUCUUGGAAAUGCGGUACACAGGGAAGUCGUGGGAAGACAAAAUUAAAGACCUUCGCGAGCAACUGAUCUCGAAUAGGGCGACUGCGUUCAUUGUGUACAAACUUGAUGAAGUAGCUUGGCUGUUGAACCUAAGAGGAAAAGAUGUUCCAUCCAACCCUUUCUUCUUCGCGUUCGUCAUCGUCACCAAGGACGAAGUAAGAGUUUACGUUGAUGAUUCCAAGUUAACCAAUGACGUGAAGAAACAUUUAAAAGACGUUGAAAUAAGUCCUUACAACACAUCCGUUCUGAUUGCUGACAUAAAAGCAGAAGCAGUUAAACCCAACGCAAAGAUUUGGUUGAGCAAGUAUGCCAGCCCUUACUCUGCCAUGGACGCAAUUGGUAAGCAAGACAAGGUACUGUUGAAGGACUCACCCAUAGCAUUGCCAAAGUCAAUAAAAAAUUCCAUAGAAAUCAAAGGAAUGAAGAACGCUUACCUUAAAGACAAUGUUGCUAUGGUAGAAUUUUUCUAUUGGUUAAAGAAUGAGGUGGCUAAAGGUAACAGCGGUAUCACAGAAAUGUCAUCGGUGACUAAACUGGAAGAAUUUAAAAGCGCACAGGAAGGCUAUCAAGGCUAUAGUUUCGACACCAUCGCUGGGUUUGGUCCAAAUGGAGCCAUUAUUCAUUACAGACCAGAGGAGAGCACAAACUUGAAAAUCACAGAUGAGAACACCUUCCUAGUUGACUCUGGAUCACAAUUCUUAGACGGAACAACGGAUACAACUCGCACGGUACACUUUGGAACACCUACACCCCAUCAAAAGGAUGCCUAUACACGUGUCUUGAAAGGUCAGAUUGACCUCGCUUUGACUGUGUUUCCGGAAACCACUCAAGGGCGCUUUCUAGAUGUUGUCGCUCGAAAAGAACUGUGGAGAAAUGGUUUGGACUACAGACACGGCACCGGACACGGAAUAGGAAUGUUUUUAGGUGUACAUGAAGGGCCACAGAAGAUAUCCAUUGGCUGUCCAAAGCCUUGGGAAAAACCCGUCGUUCCUGGAAUGUUCCAGUCGGAUGAACCAGGGUAUUAUGAGGACGGAAAGUUUGGUAUCCGACUGGAAACAGUGAUCAUGGCUGUCGACGCUGAAACUAAGAACACCUUCAACGAUGUUAAAUACGUGAAAUUUGAACCUGUGUCCUUUGUGCCAUACUGGAAGAAACUGAUCGACGUGAGCAUCAUGACUCCCAAGGAGAUUGAUUGGUUGAACGAUUACCACAAACAGUGCCGAGAAAAGGUUGGCAAAAUGUUAAAAGACCAAAAAAAGGAGGACGUUUAUAAAUGGUUGGUGGAAGAAACUGAACCAAUCUCCACGACAAAAACAGAAGUAAAUGGUGGGCAGAUGCUGGCGGUCUCUCUUGUAACGAUCUCUUUUUCUUUCCUUUCCUUGUUUUCCCUUCUGUAAAGUAACAUGCUAAUUGACAGAAUGCACGUCCAUGGUAGUAAGGAUUUUCAAAAGCCAGGUAGCAUUAGAAUAGCCAUUUCGUGGGAAAAGGGAGUCCUCUUUUAUCAUUUCGAUCAAGUUGUCAGUUUUUAAUAGCAUAAAUGUUAUGGUUCAAUUUUUUUGUUUAGUCUUAAAACUUCUAAACCAAUUUAGUUUGGAUGUGCCUGUAUCUCAGAUCUAUAACCAUAAUCUCAGUUUUAGUCAUUUUUGUUUUGCACUUGUACCUAGAGCAGGGGAAAGUUCGUUCGUUCAAAGUUCGUUCUACUUAAUGUACUUAUGGUAUUUGCUGCAUCCAAUAAAGACAUAUAUCCGAGUGUUC